AUGCUAAUUGGAAACUGCGCUGGAGUUCUCAGUCCGCUCGGUGAUCCUCCCUUAUACAUGGGUUACACCAAUGGCGUGAAAUUUGGAUUCACAUUUCAACAUCUUUACAAAGUUUUCCUCGUAGCAAAUGGAUAUAUUUUAGUUGUAUUCGGAUUGAUCGAUUUAUUCAAUGCGUGGACAUAUCGCAAAGCGAAGCGUAUUCCAAAAGCCCAGCAGUAUAAGUUAACAUCUUGCGAAGAGAAAUAUGAUCUUUCAUCAGCAUUACCAAUUCAAUGGCAUGGGCUUUACCAUGGUGUGUUUUUAAUAUUGAUUAUCGGUACUGUUUUGUUCAAAGGUUUUGAUAUUCCAUCGAAAUGGUCGGAAUAUGUUCAAGAGUUGAUCUUACUGAUCAUUACAAUUGUGUGUAUUUGUUUUGACGCGGUUUGGACGAAUCAGUCGUUGGGACAAUGGUGGCAAAGAAAUUAUCCGACACGUGUCGAACCCGUUGCCGAAGUUAUCGUAAUUUUCGUUGGACUGUUUUUCACAAUGUCAGCACCGAUUACGAUUCUAUCAAACAUAAAUCUUCAGCUGGGACCAAAAUUACUGUUUUUCUUCUCGGGAAUCUUUGCUGCACUUCUGGACAAUGCACCAGUCUACAUUAGCUUCGCUGCGAGUGCUGCCGGGCGCUAUAAUAUCACCGUUGAUCAAUCGAAUUCCAAUGGUUUUCUUAGCACUCUCUUUACUAAACACGAAAGUGAUGCAAUUAUCACAAUGCGUGCAAUAUCAGCUGGCUCAGUUCUCAUGGGCGCGUGUACUUUACUUGGCAAUGCACCAAAUAUGAUUGUUGCAUUAAUGGCAACUCGAUAUACGUAUCGAGUGAAUAACUCUUUGCGUCAAAUUGAACAAAUUCCAGUUUAUCACCUUGAGACGAUUGGAUUCAUUCGAUUUAUGAUCACAUCUUGUCUAAUAUUAACGCUGAUAUUUGUUUUCAUAGCUCUAUUGAUGUUGUAA